UGAAGGUCAGAAAACUCUGGCCGAGGCGGGUCUGAAACCACAGGCCCCAAAGAAGACGAAGAGGGUUCCAACGACUGAUGAGGCCGGCGCUCCUUCUCAGGCUGUCGUGGAUGUCCAGCCCCCGGUGGUCCCUCCCGUGAAUGAGCCACCCUCCUCGGCCGUGGUGGCUUCGGCUUCUCGCGUGCUUCCCUCUACGGCUGCUGCUGCCCGUCUAGAGGAGGCCCUUGCCAAAGGGACGUACGAGGUAACAGUGCGUUACCCUGUGAAGGGCGGUCUUUUUAACGAGACCGUCGGUGGCGACGACGUGCUUGCUCAGGCUAUGCCUGAGUAUGAUCGUCAGUACCUCGGCCGACAAGGCCAACAUGUUCGGCUGUACGACGGAGGGAUAGACUACGUCGUCCAGGGUGCCCUUAUGCUGAGGGAGCAGCAUUGGAGGCAGGAAGCCGAGAUAGAGCGGCUGAAGAAGAUGGAGGCCAAAGCUGCUUCAGCCGAUGAGGCCCUUCAAGAUCUGAGGGACAAGGCCAAGGCUGCGGAGGAUGAAAUGAAGCUCCUUCAGAUGCGCCUUGAUGAGGCCGAGGCUGCCCGGAAGAAAGCUGAUGAGGCCGUUGCCGCUGCUACCCGAAGAGCUGAGGAGGCGGAGUGCCUCAAAGCUGACGCUGAGAAGGCCGCCGAGGAGGCCGUAGUGAAUUUCAAGGCCGAGGGGUGGAAAGCCGAAGAUCAGGUCCCCUUCUGCUAUGAAGUGGUGGCCGAGAGGCUCACUGAUUGGGUGACAAAGGACCCUGCUGGCGAGGACUUCUGGAUGAACGAGACGCGAGCCUUCUACAACUGCGGCCAGUACAGGAUGCAGAGGCUGAUUUAUAGGAAGCUUCGUCGUCGCUUCCGGAAGAUGAGGCCGAGGGGUUUGAGCCUACCCCGGCGGAUGAGAAAUCCUGAUGAGGAUAUGAAGCUCCCCCCGUCGGAGAGGCAGCCUCCGAUUCUCAGUUCGGACGAGGGGGAAGCGUCCUGGAGUGAAAGUGACGAUUAUCUGCUUGAGGGCUCAGCCGAUUCCAAGGCCGAUGAAGGUGAUG